CCUACUUUCGUUUUAGAUAGCACGAUAAAUAUUGCGUUUACUUCAGUUAUGUUUGGCAAAAUAUGUAGUAAUAUAUUUGAGUAUAUUUAAAGAAUGUGAAAUGUAAACUUGCUAUUGAUAAUAACUAGGAAGUUUUAAACAGGAUAUGUUUAAAUGCAUGGGUGUGUGCUACCUCAUGCGUUCCUCCGAAUAACCGGAACAAUAUAUGGAAGAUUGUAUUGGAAAUAACGCACAUAUUAAAAUAUUGUAUUUUGCAGCGGACAAUUAUAUGUGAUAGUGAGGUUGACUUAAUAGUAGUUUGCAAAAGCUGGUGGUUAUUUGUUUGACUCGACAAAUGAAAACUUGGAAAUCACCGGGUUUUUCUAUUGACUGAUCAUUAUCAAGGAUGUAUCAAAUUACAUAGCAUGUUAACUCUUGACAUUUGUUGAACUUAGAUAGAUGCAAUAAUUAAAUGUUGUGAUCGGUAAAAAUAACCACAAAGCUGCAGUCACGGUAAUGCAAGCUUAUUCGUGUUUUCUUUUAUUGCGUCAUAUGUUGAAUUAAUAGUUUGGAACGUGCAUACAACAAACUUCACAGAUAAUCCUUAUUUGACAAUACAAUUUAACUUACACGAGCAAUUGCGAAUAAGUAUAUUUUUCUUGAACAUUUACUUACUUUGACGACACUGAAUUUGGAGGCGGAUGGCGCGUGUCCGUGCCCAUGGACAUAGCAGAUCUAGACAACAGAUGCAGUGUGUCUGCUGCUUGUCUCCAGUAUGAACACUCUGAGGGGUUCCUCACACUACCUCUGGGAUGUUUCCAAACCCCUCGGUCAGGGGGCCACUAGCAUGGUGUACAAGGGACGUAAUAAGAGUUCUGGGGAGGAGGUAGCAGUGAAGGUGUUCAGUCGUGCUGCACAGAUGAGACCACACGAGGUACAGAUGCGGGAGUUUGACGUGAUGCGCAAGCUGGCUCAUCGUAACAUAGUACCUCUGCUAGAUGCAGAGGAAGAGCAAGGCACGGGUAACAAGGUGAUAGUGAUGCAGCUCACAGAGCAUGGCAGCCUGUUCAAUGUGCUGGAGGAGCCUCAUAACGCCUAUGGCUUGCCUGAGGAGGAGUUUCUUAUUGUGCUGGAGCAUGUCACUUGUGGUGUGAAAUACAUGAGAGAACACGGCAUAAUACACAGAGAUAUCAAACCUGGGAACAUUCUGCGAUAUAUUGGCGAAGAUGGCAGGUCGGUGUACAAGCUGACAGACUUUGGGUCGGCCAAGCAAGUUCAGGACGAGGAGGAGCCAUUCAUGUCUCUGUAUGGAACGGAGGAAUACCUGCAUCCAGAUAUGUACGAGAAAGCCCUAUUACGUGCACCAGAUAAGAAGCAUUUCACCUCGAAAGUGGACCUAUGGAGUUUGGGUGUCACCUUCUUCCAUGUGGCCACUGGAGAACUACCAUUUAAACCAUUCGGUGGGAGGAAUAACAGGGAAAAAAUGUUUGAGAUAACGACCCGGAAGGAGUCCGGAGUUAUCAUGGGAGUUCAGCACAUUGAGAUGGGGCCUAUCCAGUGGAGUAAGGAGCUGCCAGGGUACUGCAGACUCUCCGCUGGGUUGAAGUUGCUCAUAACGCCUGUAUUCGCCCGCCUGUUAGAAUCUAACCCAAAGUACACAUGGAAUUUUGACGACUUUUUUGACCAUGUGGCAAACAUUAUCAAAAAACGUGUGAUACAUGUCUUCUGUCCACAUACAUGGACUUGUCUUAAAGUGUACAUAGAUGCUGAAAAUAACCUCACCAAUCUGCAAGAGUUGAUAGCCAAACAGACGGACAUACAGUCCACCAGUCAGCUGCUGAUCUUUGACGGCCAGCUGCUGAAGGAUUGUGUGCAGCCUUUACUGCCCGUGUGCAAUUAUCCGGAGGGAAUCACUGAAACCAACCCGAUAUUCUGUUUUGACCGAGACUUGAAAGAUACUCCAUUAUUUCCUCCGCCUCCAAUUAGGGAAUUUCCGAAGACUAAAGCAAGUAGUUAUGCGGAGGAUUAUAAAGCCGCUAAGGCUUGCUCGGCUACCGGUUGUUACAUGGAGAAGGAAGUAGAGUGGUACAGCAUUAAACAGGACCUGGUUCGCCGCUCCGUGCAAGUCUACAUACAUGAACUCUAUCAUGAAUGCAGUCACCUUGCGGAUUAUAACAAAUUCAGAAGUAAAAACUGUGAUAAUUUAACGCAGUGGAAGGAGACUUUCCUGCAAAUGUUUCAACACGAACUCAGGAUGAUAAAAGUGCUCACUGACACUCAAGACUCUGACAUUGGUGCUCUGUUACUGGAACUUAAUCAGUUUUAUGAAGAAUGUGUUCGCGAUGUGAAUGAGACGUCUAGAAAGAUAACGGAGCUUUCAUACGAGGUUGAGAAUGAACUCAAGCGGUUGCAGGACGAUCACUUGAAUAAAAAGAUUCUAAAAAAGAAGUGGAAUGAUAGCGUUGGGUGCAGCAGCAAGGACAGAUGUGUUCAGAAGGUGCACGUGAUAGUCACCCAGAUUGUCUGUUGCAGUGUUCAGAAGGUACAUGUGAUAGUCACCCAGAUUCUGAAGACCAAGCAGCAGUUUGGAGAGGAUCGGAGAAAAACAGGGGCCACCUUCAACGAUGAGCAGAUACAUAAAUAUGAGAAACACCGGUUGUUUGAAAACUGCAUCAAGAUUGAGUCCCUGUUCUCAGAUCAUUGUCAGACAAAGGCAAAGGAACAGUUCCAACAAUUCCAUGUUUGGUACAGACAAAGCUGGGAGAUACGCUACAAGAGUGAGCAGAUAGAGAAGCUUCUGCUGAAGCUGGCAGAACUGCUGGAAAACUUUGUUAGAAGCCUAAGUCAGAUGUGCCUGAAGUAUAAGGGUGACUUCGAGCGCUGUAUCACAAGAAUAGAAGCCAGUCUGACUCGACAGGAGAGACACCAACAUCCACCCAGUCCACUCAUGCAGCGGUCCGUCUCAGAGACCAUGAUGGGAUCAGCUGGCUCACGGGACGAACUCAAGAGGAUGCGUAACAUUUUGAUCAGGAGCGUCUUACAAGGGCUGCAUGACAAUCAGAAGGUAGCGGGGGAUCUGCAGCAGGAGCUCCACAGCCAGAGUGAAGACCUCUCCCAACUCUUCAGUUCAUUGUGAUGAUGGCCUUGUAGAUGUAGUUAAUCUGUGAUAAUUAAACAGCACCGAGGAUGUGCUUUAAUUCUUCCGAUAUCAAAACUGAUGACUGAAACAUUAAUUGAGCUGUGAUAGCAAAUCAUCUGAAUGGAACGGUGGGUAUAGGUGAAGAAAAGUGUAACCACAAGUAUAUGAAGAAUAAGAAUGAAGUUGUGGAAACAGUAGAGAGUGGAUUGUGGCUUAACAUGUUACAGUGUGGGCUAUAGAACAUAUGACCGACUACUGGGGACUGGAUAGACGAUGUUAAUGUUGAUCUUACUGUGGGACUUAAAAGAACUCCAUUAAGUAAUAGCAGGUUGACUGCACAAUUUUCCGAUUUUGCCUGCUCAACAAAUGGUUCUUUGGGAAGCAAAUUUGAACCUUUUAGGCUUGGUUAUAUGGUUCUGAACUGCCAAUUACAGAUGUAAUGUUUCUUCAUAGGAAUUGGUGGAUUUUUUUAAUGAUAAUUUUAAUUUAUUGUCAGUUAAUUUAUCGCAGUCGUCAUUAACAUUGUUAUCAACUUAGAGACCAUAGUCUAGUCCCAAAGACUGAAGGGCGGUUAUGUAUACAGAACCUCCUUUAAAUUUGUUAAAAUCAUUGUGGUCUUUUGAUAUGUUACUCACCAAAGCUAAAAAUUCAUUUUUAUGUGUUACUCACCAAAAUCCUCACUGGUCAGGGUUUUAAUAUUCGCUGUGUAAAAUUGUCCAGUGGUCCACUACUAAAUUUGUUCAAAUCAUGCCCCUGGGUGUAAAAAUUGCCA